UCUCCAAAAUUAAUAAGCAAUUGCCAAUGGUGGAAACCAUACAAUUUCUUAAUACAUUAUAUUGGAGUUGCUAGAAAAAGUAAUUGAAAAAGAAAAAUAUCCUAGGUGGCAAUGCUAAUGAAAUUUCUCAUUUAGAAAUCUUGCUAAAUUAGAAAGUCAUUUUGCAUGCCUUGCAAUUGGUAAUCAAAAUGUCACAUUACCUUAGCAAUUGGUGAAGGUGAGAGAUGAAAAUGGUCUAACCAUGCAUAAUCCUACACACUAUUUAUGGAAGACCUCAAACUUUUUCGCUGAUGAAUUUUAGCCAACAAUUUCUCCUUUAUUUGCACAAAUAAGAUUAAUUGUGCUCUUUAAAAUGAAAUAUACUUUGAUAUGUUUUAGAACAACAAAAAUGAGACAUUUCAUUUAUUACCAGUUCAUAAAUGUGGUAAUGCUUUGUAGUACAUAGGGAUAAGAUUAUGUCAUGUGGUAUUGAAGUGUAUCAUGGUGGUAUGAAUAUUUCAGAAUGUAGAAUGGAUGUAUACAUGAUAGUGGGUAUAUACUAAUGAACAUUUACCACUUUUCAUGACCGUAUUUUUUGUCUUGGAAUUAUUUCUUCUAGAAACUUGUAGAUUCAAUAAAGAACCAUGAAGGCAUGAACUCGUUCCAUCUGAACACAAAUUUGCCAAAUUGGAGAUAAAAAUGAAGGUUGUACCAGAGUGGUAAUGAGUAGUAUGAGUGGUACGCAAUUUUUUUCACACAAAAUAGAUUGAAAAUGGAUAUCGUUUUGUAGAUCACAACGAACUCGUUCUAUCUGCGCAUAAAUUUUUGAAAUCCAAAUUAAAACAAAGAAGAUAAAAGCAAUUAAAAAAGUUGGAAAAUAAAAACUCUUUUAGUCUCAUCAUUUAGAUCUAGCCCCAUUAAAAUCGAUGGCCCAAAUCCUAUGGUUACUCACUUAUCUUGGACCGCAUUCCUUAGUUUAUGAUAUGCAUUCAUUGUAGUGGCUAUCUUUCACAAUAUAAAUAUAUAAAUAAAUAUUUAAUAAAUAUAAUGAAAAUUAAUAAUGUCAAAAUAAUUCAUUACCCUCUUACCCCCAGGGGCCUCGCUGUCACGUUUGGUUCGAACUACUUUUCUUUUCUGGAACGGAUAGCUUUCUGCCCAAGUGCCCCCGAAUCAUUUUACCUUGAACGAAUUUCCCUCGUGCCUUCCGUCCUUUACUAUUACAAAAUAACUAAAUACAUAAUAAUUUUUUUAUGGGAAUCUGUAACCAACUACAUAAUCAUUAUUUUCAUAAACAAUCACGAUGCGUUUUCAUAUUAUGAAAGAAACGCAAAUUACAUUCGUUGUCUACUCUUUUAAGUAAGUAUCUUUCAAUGUAUCUCACUAAACAAUUAUUAGCAAAAUGGUUGUUAAUUUGACUUUGUAGUUUGUUCUUAAUAUAGCGCAAAACUAAAAUACUCUUUCUACACUUGCAAUUGCAACAUAUAGAAUCAAAACUAAUUUUAUUAGCAAAUAAACAUACACAUAUAACUCGAUUGAUUAUGAUUUUAUUCCAAAUGGGAAUUUUGUUUACAAUGUAAUAGAUUAAAUUUUAUGUUAAUAUAAGAAUCAAAAUGAGUUGUUGUGUAGUGACAUAAUUUUCUUAUCUCAUAACCACUUCAAGGUGUGGACUUCGAUCCUUAGUAUAGAUAUAUGUGGAAUAUUUUUUUUCCAAAACAAUACAUGCAUUGUUUUACACAAAACAAUACAACUUUUUUUUUUGUAUUGUACACAAUACAUGUAUCCAAUAAAUACAAAUCUAACAAUAACAACUUUCAAACCAUUAACAAGAAAAGUUAACUGUUUUAUGGGUAUAUCCCUUUUCCUCUCUCUAGAGUUCAAAACGCUCUCUCUUCUCUCUAAACGUCCCUUCUCAACUCCUCCUUGAGUUGCUGUCGGCGGCAACCGGUGGCGGCCCUCCAUUCGUCUUUCCUUUUAAAUGCUCAUUAUUCCGUUUCUGCGGUUUACUUUUCUGUUUCCAUUCCCCUUUGUGGGUCUUCCAUGUCCCCUUGUGGGUCUUUUCCAUUUCUGUCUAUUGAGAUGAUUCUCUUCUCCUUCAAGUUUUGUUCUGAUUUCCAGAUCUUUGAUGCUUUAAGCAUUUUUGUCUAGUUGAAGAGGGGGUUGUUGAUUUCUCUCCAACUCAUUUUCUUUCCUUGAAUCUUUCAUCUACCUCCUUGUUUCAUCCAAUAGAUCAGGAUGAUCUGGAGAUGCAGUAGUCUUCCUUUGUGAAUAGCCUCAGAUGCGGUUCUUGGUUUCGAAGAUGGAGACUCAUCACUCAGACAUCGUAGCAUGCUUUGAUUAUGGAUUCUGCCAAGUCCUUCAGUGGUUGUCACCUUAUUGAGGGUGUUGUUUUGUCUUCACCCAUGGCUCGUCUCUGCUAGGAUUUCAGUUUCCCUAUUUUCCUGGUUGGCAACUUCUUUUGGUUUCGGCCAAGUUUUUUUCUUGGCAGCGACAACGAUCUCUUUGUGGGUUUCAUUUUAGAUAAGGUUAGGAAUGGUUUUCCUCCGUGUGGGCCUCCAUUUUGAGCAUUCUAGUGUACUUUCUGGUUUGUGGUGGGCUUACAUGUUUUGGGUCUAUCUUUUUACCUUAUUUGAUUUGAUUGUCUUUCCUAGGACUCUCGUCCAGAAAUCUAUAAUUGUUUCUCGAAAAUUGUGUUCCUAAGAAAUCAAGAAGAGUUUGAUUCCUUCUUCCAAAUGUCAUCUAUGUUUUCCAAAUUGGUAGGACUCGCAAAUUUAGAAUAACAAAAAUUAUAAUUCAUCUGAUACCUAGUAUCACAUUUUUCAAGCAAGCCUUAUAUUUGAUCAAUUCCAAUUGGGUUAAUAGCAUUUUAUGCCCCUUUAUUAUUGCAUAAAUGAGAGUUUCAAUAUCCAAUGAUGUAAAUACUGCCUACCUUGUGAAAGUCGCUCUCACUGAGAGGCGGGAACUGAACCUCUCGCUGAUUUCGGCCGCCAUAGCUAGCUAGUCCUGCUUUCUCCACUCUAGAGGCGAAGGAACACCGGAUUCCAAGUCGACGCCGAGUCCGUCAAUGCCGCUGAGAGCUCUUGGAAAGCAAGGUAUUCGCUCUGCAAUUCUCAAAGCAACCAAAAAUUUACGAGACUGUCUAAUGGAGAUCAAGCGGCGCUUGUCGUGAAUUAAAAAGUGAAAAGAAAGGGGCAAAUUAGUUACUUGCGAGUCACGGAAUGGAUGGAGUAGUUAACGGAAGGUUAGGUUGGUUAUGUAUAGAUAAUAUAAGGGUAUGUUUGUGAAAAAAAUAAUAAAGAAAUAUAUUUGUUAAUUUACAACAGUAAAAGAAUAUAAAAUACUAUUAGCUCAUUCCAAUUAAUAUUCAAAUUGAAUGCAAAUGCAUAACCCAAAUCCAUAAUAAUCCUUACUCCCAAGAAAUUAAAAAGAGAAGAGGAACAAAUAAAUCUGAAAAAGGUGAAAAUGGUUCUCCGGUUCUUGACGACACGUGGACCAAUAAACUAAUUAGCCGAGCUAGUUUUUGAGAAAAAAGUGAAAAUCGCAGCUGGCUGGCUUAUUCUUCAAGAAAAUAUACGUGAUUUCUCAUUUAUGCCCCCAACUCAACAGCAGUCCAUAUAAAUAUCUCCCGUUUAGAACUCCACUUUCUUCAUCGACUUGUGCCGCCCUUCGCUUCCGAAAGCUCACUGCCUUUUUCCCGCCGAUCGCCUUCUGCUUUCGUUUGCUCUCUCACCGGGACGUCUCGCCAUGGGUCGCAAAAGCAGCAGCCGUAGCUCCGGCGGAGGUUCGCGUUCUUUGUUCAGCAAACCUCCUGCCAAGAAAGCUGCUUCUCAUCCGGUCCAUAAGUCCAGCUCCACCGGAUCUGUGCUGGGAGGAAUCGGAGGUGCUAUUGCUGAUGGACUGGGCUGGGGAGCUGGAACUGCAAUCGCUCACAGGGCUGUGGAUGCUGUCUUUGGUCCUCGAACCGUGAGGCAGGAAACUGUUGCCGCCACGCCGCAGCAGACUGCUCCUACUGCCGACGCCAAUGCUUGUGGCUUGCACUCCAAGGCUCUGCAAGAUUGCUUGAACAACUUUGGGACGGACGUGGGCAAGUGCCAGGUGUACAUGGACAUGUUGGCUGAAUGCCGCAGUGGCUCUUCUUCUUCGUCGUCUGGAGGGAUGCUGUCUGCUUGAUUCUGACGAAAACCUGCUUCCAAUCUCUCUCGGGGGAGUAGCAAAAGUAUCAAAGUAGUAGGAGUCGUAGUAGUAGUUAAUGGAAGUCUUGGCUGUUAUGUUGGGAUGGUUUGAUGUUUGGUUGUUGAAGCGAAAGGCUUUGUUUUGGGAUGAUUCGGUCGGUUUAGACUUUUGAUUAGGAUUCUAUGCCUAGCAGUGGGUAUGGAUUAAUGGUUGAACCGAAACUAUUGUGUUCUGCUCGGUUUACUGGUGAACCGUGAUGAAUCUUUUGUCAAUCUGCUGCCUAAAUGUUGAUUUGUUUGCCAAUGAUCAGGGUUUUGGGUUCAGCAAUGGUUUAGCUCACUGUCAUUUAAUUAUUAGUUUAUUAAUUAAUGAACUAAUUAUGAAUCUAGGGCUAAACACUGCUGACUGAGUCGUCUUAUCUUUAAGGAUUCUUGACGUGGGCUUCUUUGAGGAAGGUGAAAGGAGUCGAUGCUUUUUGGUUAUGUUGGAAAGAUGUCCUCAUUCCUACACAUUUGAAUACCACUCUAGCUUGUCUCUCAGCUGAUGUGUUGGAUGGAAUUUGCGUACGCUUUAAUGGAACCGAAAAAUAAAAGGUCAAAGGUGAUGAACAUUGAAUAGAGAUGAAUUUGUCAUAUUAUAACCCAAAUGUGUGUUCUGUUCUGCCCCCUAAGUCCUAACCAUUCGUUUCUGAGUUACAAUUUCCAAAUAUUAAACGUGGUAUGUGCAUGGAGUAUGAUUUUUUAUGAAGGGGUUCUCUGUUAUAAAGUUGUAUUCUUUCUGGCGCAGGUUAUAAAUUGUUAACUUAUUG